UAGCUGUAUGUCUCUUUUCUCUCUCUGUAACUUAAUCUUAGGUCUCUCUGUUCAUAUCAGUGUGUAUCAUUAUCAGUUUGAGAGUUAAAAAACAAAACAGUUGAGAGUUAUAUGCAAACCCCCAUGCUAGGUGGUAUGAGGGAGUGAUACAAAGAAGUAUAUGAUAGUUCCAGGCUUCCAGGAAUUUACAGUCUGUUUGGAUAGAUAACGAACAAAAUAACUGUAGCACAGUGCAGUAAAUAAGUAUCAUACGCUGGGUACAAUAAUUUCUACAGAAGUAGCUGUUUCUGUGUCUUUGUAUAGAUCUUUAUAAGACUGCUUUACUGCUAAACAGACCUCUUUCCCACUUAGAAGUGAUGAGGCUGUUGUUCCGAUAGUUUUGCCAAAAUGCCAGGCCAUGCUGAUAGCCUUAUGCUGCCCAGACAGAAGAGAGGGAGAUUAUCCCCUGCCCACACCCUGGCCCAUUAGAGGAGGGAAGUUUAGGGUUGUCCUGCCAACUUGACCCUGUUUACCAGCCAACCUCCCAGGUUCAAGCCAAGGCCUUUAACUCCAUGUUACUACAGCAGCUGUGGAGGUCACUUCUUCAGAUAACUACUCAGCUCUGGAAAAUGAACAUCCUCAAGAGUGCUAAUAGAAAAGACUUCAUCUUCCAAGCACAAAAUUGCAUGAAUAAUCCUUCUCUUCAGAAUCCCAUUGAGGGGAAAGCCCUAAAAAUGAAGCUACUGGAAGAUGUGCUCCAUCAAAACAAGGGAGUAAUCAAAAAAGAUGAAAACAUGGGAUACAGGACACAGGAGUGCCAGUACAGGAGAUUCGUGAAAGGGCUCCCCUGGAUGGUGAUGAAGGAAGAUCUAAGGAUGACAGCAGUGCACACCAGGCACACCAGCCCAGAUCUGAGCAGAGACUCCAGAAUCCAACAAUAGCGUGUAUACUUCCUUCAUGAAGUCUCAUCGCUGCUAUGACCUGAUUCCCACAAGCUCAAAAUUGGUCGUAUUUGAUACUUCCCUUCAGGUGAAGAAAGCUUUCUUUGCUUUGGUGACUAAUGGUGUCCGAGCUGCCCCUUUGUGGGAUAGUAAGAAGCAAAGUUUUGUGGGCAUGCUGACCAUCACUGAUUUCAUCAAUAUUCUGCACCGCUACUAUAAAUCAGCCCUGGUACAGAUCUAUGAGCUGGAAGAACACAAGAUAGAAACUUGGAGAGAGGUGUACCUACAGGACUCCUUUAAACCACUUGUCUGCAUUUCUCCUAAUGCCAGCUUGUUUGAUGCUGUCUCUUCAUUAAUUCGAAACAAGAUCCACAGGCUGCCAGUUAUUGACCCGGAAUCAGGCAACACCUUGUACAUCCUCACCCACAAGCGCAUCCUCAAAUUCCUCAAGUUGUUUAUCACUGAGUUCCCCAAGCCAGAGUUCAUGUCUAAGUCUCUGGAAGAGCUACAGAUUGGCACCUAUGCUAACAUUGCUAUGGUCCGCACUACUACCCCCGUCUAUGUGGCUCUGGGCAUCUUUGUACAGCACCGAGUCUCAGCCCUGCCAGUGGUGGAUGAGAAAGGGCGUGUGGUGGACAUCUACUCCAAGUUUGAUGUUAUCAAUCUGGCAGCAGAAAAGACCUACAACAACCUAGAUGUGUCAGUGACCAAAGCCCUGCAACAUAGAUCACAUCACUUUGAGGGUGUCCUCAAGUGCUACCUGCAUGAGACUCUGGAAACCAUCAUCAACAGGCUGGUAGAAGCAGAGGUUCACCGACUUGUAGUGGUGGAUGAGAAUGAUGUGGUCAAGGGAAUUGUAUCACUGUCUGACAUCUUGCAGGCCCUGGUGCUCACAGGCGGAGAGAAGCCCUGAGCCGGGGGAAGGGGUCAUGCAGCACCAGGGGUUAUGCCCCACUCACUGCCUGCCCAAAGCUCUGGGAACCAGAGACGAGAACUUUAGAGAAUUGUGACUCUGACCCCUGCCCAGGAGCCCCCUACCCUUCCACAUGGGAGUGAGGGAAGCUGUGGGGGAGGAAGGAGAAUGGAUUUUUAGCUGUCCUUAUCCUCACCCUUGAGGAAAACUUUCAGCCUAGUUCCUGUCCACUUAGACAUAGCCCCCUUUCUGUGCUCCUCAGGCAAAUUCUGAUCUCUGAGAGAUCCCCAGACCUCACCCAGCCUUUGCCUCUAUCUCUGUUCCUGACUCCACCCUAAGAUAAUGGACACAACAAAACUCUUCAUAAAGAUAUUUUUAUUCAUCCUGUUUCAUGGUGUAUGGCGGAGGCUGAGUCCAUUUAGUGGCAUUUCUUCCCAUAAUGGGAAUGGGGAGGAUCAUGGGGAGGAGGGCCUUUGGGUUCCUGUGCUGUAUGCAUAUGAAGGGAGAUGAGACUUAGGUGGAGGGGGAGGCAGAGUGGUUAGCUGAGGUUAUUGCUUUUUGUGGCAAACCUAAUUAAAAUGACAGGAGCCUCUUCAUGGUA